UCCCUAUCCCCUUCCUAUAUAAAUUAUCUCCUUUCUCUGUUCGAGUUUCGACUAUCCUUCUCUUGCUUAAUCUUAUGAUUUUUGAUCCCGUUUUCAUGCCCCGUAAACUAAUUAUUCAUUUUCUUCUUUGUUUUUCCCUCCCCGUUUCGGUAUUUUAGAUAUCACCAAGCCCAGCUGGAGAGCCAUUGAGCAGUGGUGUUGCCUCCCAUCCUGCUUUUCAUUUCCAUGGCUUCCCUCAAGAAAGACGUUGAUCGUAUUAAAGGCCCGUGGAGUCCCGAGGAAGAUGAAGCCUUGCAGAGACUCGUUCAGAGUUACGGUCCUAGAAACUGGUCUCUAAUCAGCAAGUCCAUUCCCGGUCGAUCCGGCAAGUCCUGCCGUUUGCGGUGGUGCAAUCAGCUCUCUCCCAACGUCGAGCACCGGCCUUUCACGCCCGAGGAGGACGAUACUAUCAUGAGAGCGCACGCCAGGUUCGGCAACAAGUGGGCCACAAUCGCUCGCUUGCUCCACGGUCGCACCGACAACGCCAUCAAAAACCACUGGAAUUCCACUCUCAAGAGGAAAUGCUCCGCCAUCUCCGAUCCUUUCAAUCCCGAAUCCAAUGACCACCAACCUCUCAAAAGAUCUGCCAGUGUCGGUGCCGCCCCAUCCGUCUCCGGAUUUUACUUGAGCCCGAGUAGCCCCUCCGGAUCCGAUUUGAGCGAUACCAGUUUGCCCGCUAUGUCUCCCACGCGGGUUUGCAGACCCUUUGCGAGGAACGUUGCCCCCGUCCCCUGCGUCCAACAACCAGAAACCGCCCCUUCCGCCCCCGAUCCACCUACAUCACUAUGCCUAUCGCUGCCUGGAUCCAAUUCGCACGAGGUCUCCAACCAUGGAUCCGGAUCAAAUCAGCCUAUCAGCUCGACCCAGUUACCACCAAGUCCACCAUCGCCAGCACCUACCGUACUAUCUGUAGGAGCAUCAAUACAGCAAGUGCGUUUUCCAGCUCCCACCAGUCAGAGCCAGAGAUGUGUUCAGUUUGGUUGGGAGAAACAAUUCUUCAGCGCCGAGUUUUUGGCGGCGAUGCAAGAGAUGAUAAAGAAGGAGGUGAAGAAUUACAUGUCUGGAAUAGAGCCGAAUGGUCCUUGUAUACAGACGGAAGCCAUUAGAAACGCUGUGGUGAAGAGCAUUGGAAUGGGCAGGGCCGAGUAAAGAAGGAUGCUGCUGGUUCUGGCUCAGCUAGCUCAGCAUGGAUCGGAGUGGAGAGAGAGACAGCAACCAAACCGGAAACGAUCUUUGUGUUUCUUUUAUUUCAAAGUUUAAUUCCUUUUUUUAAUCACACCGAAAAAAGAAAAAAAGCAAUAAAAAUUUCGGUAAUGUACAGGAGGACACAACGAGGUUUCGGAAGAGAACGACAUUAAUCGAAUAGCGCAAUUUGUGAAUGGGAAUCAAUACACACAAAAAAAGACAAUGGCUUGAUGUGAAUUUGUCAAGCCAUGGAUUUCAUUUUCAAACUAGGAAAAAUGGAGGGGAAAACGUGAAUUUGUCCGUGGAGGGAAAAGGGUAUUGGCAAUAUUAUCAUCAUAUUUUUGGUUUGGCAAAAGUAAUAGUUACAAUGACGAACUGAAGAAUAGACGAACAAAGCCUGGAAACUUAGGAAACGGGAGGACCACAGUUGUUGGACAGACAGGAGCGACGCAACCGUUUUUGUAUGUAUUAAUUUGAAAGAAUAAUGACCAGAGUUUCCGUUGAGGAAA